UCUUCUAUUUUUCAAGGAGUGAUUUAGAAAUGGAACCGUUUUGGAGAAAUCAUGGAAAAGGGUCAUCAUAUUCAUCUGUGGUUUCUUAUAAAGGAGUCUCUCUGAAACACAAAAAGGUGAACAAAGCAUUGUCAGUGUUUAGGAAAUUGUCCUCCAAACUUUUUGAUGAACUCAAAGCCGAGAACCCUCGAGAUUCUGGAGCGAAAUUUAAAGCCCUGUGUAACGCGGCGAAGAUAAUGAGCGAUAAGCAUGCGUGUGAAAACACGAAAAAGCGAGUCGGAGUUGUGGAAGGAAUUGAGAUUGGUGACAAGUUUCAAUACAGGGCUGAACUUGUCAUUAUUGGCCUCCACCUUCAGCAUUCAAGUGGUAUUGAUUAUAUGGGGAAGGGUGAGAGCUCGUUGGCAACAAGCAUUGUGGUAACCAAACGCUAUGCUAACACGAUAAACCCUAAUGGUUCCUUGGUUUACAUAGGUCAGGGAGGGAACUCUGCUGCAGGAAGAAAUGUUCUGUCCCAUGAUCAGAAGUUGGAGGGUGGGAAUCUUGCUAUGAAAAAUAGCAUGGAUGCUAGAAGUCCUGUGAGGGUGAUAUUGAAAGUUUUUGGGAGUUCUGAUUAUGAGAGUGAGAAUGAGAGUGACAACAGCUCUAUGUUCUCAUAUAUUUAUGAUGGACUGUAUUGGGUGACUGAUUUUACCCAAGGCAGGGGUAACAAUGGGAAACUUGUGUUCAAGUUCACAUUGGAUAGAAUGUUAAAUCAACCCCAAAGCUGUGUUGCUCAUGGAGAUUUGGGUUUGAAAGGGUCGUCUGCUUCAAGUUCUAGUACUCACAAGAGAUCAAAAGGUAGUUCAUCAGCAGCACAAAAGGAGAAGACUCGAAGGAAUGAUGUUUCUGAGGGUAAAGAAAACUUUGCUAUUCCGUUGAUGGCAACAAGUGACUGUGCUGAAUUUCCUCCACCUUUUGAAUACAUAGUCGAUUUAGUCUAUUCAGGGAGGUUGAGCUUGAUGCAGCAGCCAAAUCCAAAAGAUUCGCGUGCUCCAUUCCAGCUAGCCAUUUAUAAGACGGAAAGGAAGGGUUGGGGUGUUAGAACCCGGUCGUACAUUCCAUCUGGAAGCUUUGUGUGUGAGUUCAUUGGGGAAGUUCAUCACUAUGGAUCAAAAGCUGGAUUAAGGUUAGGUGUUGAUAACUAUAUACUUGACAUGGGUAUGUAUGUUUCUAAAUUCUGAUGGAU